UCAUUUUAUAGCGUGUUUUUCGUUGCAAAUUUAAGAGGCGCGAUAAUAUUUUGUGAUUUGUGCUUUUAUUUAUUUAUUUUAUUUUUUUUCAUAUUUCUACCUCUUAUAUUUACGUUAUUUUUAUGUUCAAACUAAAUAGUUUCGGGUUUAAACAAGUAUGAAUGAAAAGUAUUUACUUUAAAUUAAAAUAACUUUUCAAAAUCAGUUUAAAGGCAGCAUGGCAGAACACGUCGAACCCCACCGAAACCUGUACCAAACAUUCCUGAAGCACUUCCGGAACCAGCUUCCGGAGGAAAACCGUGCGGCAAUCAUGGCGCAAAUCGAGACCAACUUGGAACUCAUGGCAAACGGGCACUCAACCAGCGCGGAACUCAUCGCCCAGUCGGUGGAAAUUGCGAAACAACGUUUCCAUUUGGGCCCAGUCGUCGAGUUUAAAACUCUAGACGACAUCUAUAAGAAUCUUGUGCUAUUAAACGACAGUUUCACCGAAACGAAGCGUCUGUUCGACAGACUGAAAAGUGAUCGAUUGGUCUGUGAUUCGGUGGAAAACGCUGCGAAAAGUGUUGCGACCGUUAGAAUCGGUCGCUUUACGUUCGGCAGUGUUGAAGCCGGGCCGACUGCCGGCUUGACGCGGAAGAAUGUGCUGAAGCAACGUCAUCGAAUCAUGAGUAUGGCUAAAGGGAACUUCAUGUCGAUGAUGCGACAGCACUGCUACAGCAUUAAUGAGAAAGACAACCCGAAUUCCGAGGUCGAAGACAUAUACUUUGAACUGCGCCGAACCGUUGGGAAGUCGGACGAGCUCGAUCUCAAGUACUACCGUCGAUUGUUGAAAAAAUUCAGGAAGCAUGAUUGUGGAAUCGACCUAAUAUUCACCGAUGAGAUGGAUAAAAUAGAUCGAAAAUGUUUGAUAGACAUUGCAAACGAUCUAAAUUUGCGCACUCGUUUUGAUCUUCGAACUAGGUCAUUAGUCGUGUUCAGUAGGCGAACCGGGCCAGAAAUCGUCAAUGAUAUAAUCAUUGGAAAGCAUUCCGAUCUGGGUGAGAUGUUCGAUCUGGAACCUCCAGGUGCGGCAACCGCUAAGCGCGAGCACAAGCUGGACCCAGUUUUCACGUGUGGAUCCCUGAAAUAUGCACUAUCGGAGGCUUUAUCAGUAGAAGUCUACGAAUCUUUGUCGCAUUUGGAGGCCGUGUGGAUCGCUCAAAAGUUUCUAUAAAAUAAGUGUAAGGUUUUAGUAAACCUUAAUUGUUAAUAAUUGCAUGUUUCGUCAAUUUGAACUGUGUUUUUAAAUUUCAUAUGAAUUUGGUAAAUCCAUUGUUGAAUAAAGUUUUCCCACUCCACUAGCAAAAGGCGCGAUGUACAUUCGGCGAAGAAAAACGAAUCAUAACAAAGUUACCCCUCCAAUGACAGCAGGGUGAUACAGUCGUUGGUUAUUUCAAAAGAUGUUAUGUUUGUUUUUCUUAAAUAUAAUGACGGAAAUAAUGUUUUUUUUUUUUUUUUUGCAUA